AUGGUUGAGGUGGACUUCCGGUGUUCCCGAAGCGGGUUGCUCUGCCUCUGCUGGAUGGGCACCAAACCGGUAACAAUGCUGAGCACGGUUCAAGUAUCAAGGUUACAGGCCCAAUCGCGCUGGAUGAAGGGCGUUGAUCUCGGGGAUCAAUUAGCGGCUUCGUAUCCUUCAGUGAGAAAAUCACUGAAGUGGUACAAUAAUCUAUUUUUCAAUAUGUAUGACUUGGCAGUGAUAAACACCUUUUCUAUUUACAAGUUCCUAGGCCAUGGUCGGGUGGAUCAGGCCGGCUUCAGGAUGGACCUGGCCAUAGACAUUAUAAAUCAUUAUGUCCAACAGAGGGAGCCGCACAGCACGAGGGGGCGCCAUCAACACUCCCAUUACCUGCUCGUUUUGCAAGGAGGACGAGCCAUCCUGUGCUGGAGAUUCCUGGCAAGAAAUACUGGCGCUGCUUCCUGUGUUACAGAGCCGGCAAAAUGA